ACGGGUUGCCUAUCUAUUCGACUCCAGCAGAUGUAUUGACACCGAUGAGGAUCGAAAAAAUCAAGCUACAUUAUUGGUAAUAGAAUAACCAUUAUGAUACCACUUGUAUCCACUUUUUUGUUUCUUGAUCUAUGUACCUUACUACCUACCACCAACAGGUACAAUCAUUGCAUAAGCUGCUUCAAUAUGCGCAUGGAGAAGAUUAUGUUCAAGAUGUUAGUUCGUUUGCAUUUCAAUGGUUGAAAGACAUGCCACGCCAAGACAACAGCUAUGAUUGUGGUCUUUUCGUCAUCAAAUAUAUGCAAGGGAAACCUUUGCCUUCGGGUGUAAUCAAGUUUGACUAUUUGCAUAGGGCUCGCUUGUUACUUGAUCUUGUGAUAUACAAGCAUAAUUCAGCUCCUAUUGUUGGUGAUAUCGCGCAAUAUAAAGCUAGUGAUGCUCUAUUCUUUUUUAUUUUUCAUAAGUUCGUACAAUCAAUGACGUUAUCGCGUUUCUUAAACUCGUGA